AUGAAGGACGAGAACCCUGUCGAUGAUGAGGCGCACGACGACGUCGAGUACACGACUCUCGAUUUAAAGUCAAUUCGCCGGAAGCACUGCAGCUUGAACCUGCUUUCCUUUAGCACGGGCUGCCUGUCCACCAUCGCCCUGCUGGCGGUAGCAUUUUUCUUUCACCGCUCCCUUGCUACUUCUCCCAAGUCGAGUGCCGAUAUUGAAGCAGAAGAAUGGAAUCACUGCGGCCGCUCAAGUGCAGUGGCCAAGGCUCGCGGAUGUGUUAUGGAGCCAAUGUUCUAUGGAUGGAUGCCACCGCAGUGUGUCUAUGAUGAGUUAACGAAGCAGUAUCCAGUCUUCGAAGACCGGAAGUACUACAGCGAUCCAAAUUUGACGGAGGAGCUGGGGCCGGGGCAGCUGUGGGCUGGCGAGCACUCGGUGGUGUAUACCAGUCGGUAG